CUUUGCGCGCGAUUGCGCCGAGAGGGCGACCUCGCGGCCAUGAGAGUGACGCCGAUGGUCGCGUAGACGCGUCGGCUAUCGUACGGUAGUGUCGCGAGUCAUUUUCCAGUCAGGUGAAACGCAAACCGGCUAAUCGGAAGCGAAUGACGCGAUGGCUGUCACCGAGCUGGCCACGGAGCAGGCAUUCGACGACUUCGUCAAAUCCAAGGGGCUUUCCGUCGUACACUUUUACGCGCCAUGGGCGGAGCAAUGUUCCCAAGUGAACGACGUGCUCGAGGAAAUGAGCAAGCUGGACCAGUACAAAGAUAUAAAGUUCGCCAAGAUCGAGGCGGAAAACGUGCCCGAGGUGUCUCUGAAGUCUGGUAUAGCUGCUGUACCUACGGUUCUUUUGUUACGGAAUAGCGGCGUGAUAGACAGAGUAGAUGGUAUCAACGCCUCCGCGUUGACCGAGAAGAUCAAGCAUCAUCUGGACAAUGAGGAUGCCCCGCUGUUGGAUGCGGUCAAGGCGAAGGAAUCUCUCGACGAUAGACUGAAGAAACUAGUGAAUCAAGCGCAGUGCAUGCUGUUCAUGAAGGGAAACCCUACGACCCCACGAUGUGGUUUCUCCAGAACGAUUGUUUCCAUUCUGGAUGGUUACAAGGCGGAUUACAAAUCAUUUGAUAUAUUACAGGACAAUGAUGUUAGGGAAGGACUUAAAAAGUUUAGCAAUUGGCCGACGUAUCCACAAUUGUAUCUGAACGGAGAACUAAUAGGUGGAUUAGACAUAGUGAAAGAGAUGGACGAGUCAGGCGAACUAGAAAGUAUGCUGCCAAAGAAAGAGAGUGUUGAUGCUAAGUAGACGCGGUCACCGGUUUAAAUGGAAUUUUACUUUGCAUUAAUUUCAGUGGAUAAAUAACGUACAAUAUUUUUUUUAAGCAGCUCCUACUUUAAAUGUUAUUUUUUAAAUGCUAUUGAGUUUUUAAGAAAUUACUGUUUCAGUCCUGUUCGCGCAAUAAAUUAAUUCCUACAAUGAGUUAUGGUUAACAGCUUCAAAUAAUUGUAAUCAAUGUCCUACUAUUAUUAAGCCAAUAAUUUAUACUCUUAUUAGUGCAGUGAUCCUAUAACAAAAAUGUAUCCAAAUUACAGGUAAAUAAGAUCCUCGACAAGUAAACCAGACCAAGAUUGUAUAAUAAAAAUGAACAGUUACAUUUCACACUGU